CAGUCAUUUUUGGUACAAAGCAAAGAGGAUAAAUGUGACUAUGGCCAUACACACAUACCAUUUGUGCUUUAUUUGGAGGGUGAAGUUUUGUGAAUUGGCUGUGAACCAUGCUGCCUCUACCAAAAUUCUGUUUGACCUAAAGGUUUCUGAGCACCCACUUAGAGAAACAGAUGCUGAGUAGCCCUGAAGCAGUGAGAAGAGACCCUGGAUCCUCCUGAGGCAGGAGGGGCAGCACUGUAUAUGGUGGGUUUGGUACUGUGAGUACCCAGGCACUUUGCAAGUUGGGGCACGGGUGCUGGUGCUGCCAGUUGUUUUACUGGUACCCUUUAGCCUGUGCAUUCAACAAUGAGAUCAGUAAAGGCCAUUUGAGCUGAGAAGCAUCAGUAAGAUUUGCAGUGCUGCUGUUGGGGGUCUUUAUGGGCUUUGGUUUUUGAAACCCUUUGAAGCCAUCAAACCAGCUGAAAAAGGGUAUUCUCCAUCUGGCCCUGUAGUUAUCGUGUUGGACAGCACUGGAGCAGUUCUCUAUGGCAAAAUGGUGUUGAGCACCUGAGAACAGAUUGAGAAAGAUGAUAUUGAGAAAACUCAUCUAUCCCAAAUCAGCAAAAAGAAGCUACGCCAGUGGCUUGUGUGGUGGCUCCGCCUCCUGCUCUUGUGGCCAACUUUUCUGCAGUGCCUUGUACAGGCAGCGCCAGUUUCGCAGCAGGGAUCAAGGCUCAGGGCAGGAGGCUGAGAGGUGAUGAUGGAUGUCGUGGAAGGACUCUCAGGGAGACCCCAGCUGCUGCCAUGGGGAGCUGGCAUCAUUGCUCUGCUUGUGACAAUAGUGACUGUGUGCUCCCUGCCCUCCCUGAUGGAAUACUGGAGGCAAUGGCGAAUGCUGAAGUCCAUCCCGGGUGCCAGCCCCUGCUAUCCUGUGCUGGGAAAUGCCCUGCUCUUCGAGCGGAAAGGAGAAGAUUUUUUUAAACAGAUAGAGUUUUAUACUGAAAAGUUCAGAAGUUGGCCACUGUUCAAACUUUGGAUAGGACCAGUGCCUGUCAUAUUUUUGUACCACCCUGACAGUGUGGAGGCUAUUCUGAACAAUUCAAAACAUAUAGAAAAAUCAUACCUAUACAAAUUCCUACAUCCAUGGCUGGGCACUGGACUUCUGACAAGCACUGGAGACAAGUGGCGGUCACGGAGGAAGAUGAUAACUCCCACAUUCCAUUUUGCAAUCUUGAGUGACUUUCUAGAGGUCAUGAAUGAACAAGGAAAUAUUUUGGUGAAGAAACUUGAGAAGCAUGUUGACAAGGAGCCAUUUAAUGUCUUUAUGGACAUCACUCUGUGUGCCCUUGAUAUUAUUUGUGAAACAGCAAUGGGCAGGAAUGUGGGUGCCCAGAAGAAUAAGGAUUCUGACUAUGUUUCUGCUAUCUACAGGAUGGGUGAUCUAAUCCAACGGCGACAGAUGAGCCCUUGGCUUUGGCCUGACUUUUUGUAUGUGUUGUUCAAACAAGGAAGAGAGCACAAUAGGAAGCUCAACAUCCUUCACAAUUUUACAGAUAUGGUCAUUGCAGAAAAAGCUGAAGAGCUUAAAAACACCCAGCAAAAGAAACAUGAUAAUGAUGGUAACUCUGAAGAAAGUGGUUCCAAAAAGAGAAAAGCAUUCCUGGACAUGCUGCUGAAUGCAACAGAUGAUGAAGGGAAAAAAUUGAGCUACAGGGACAUUCGUGAGGAAGUGGAUACUUUCAUGUUUGAGGGCCAUGAUACAACAGCAGCUGCUAUGAACUGGGUCUUGUACUUGCUUGGACGUAAUCCGGAAGUUCAGAAGAAGGUUCACAGGGAAUUGGACGAGGUGUUUGACAAUACUGAACGUCCCGUUACAACGGAGGAUUUGAAGAAUCUUCGAUACCUUGAAUGUGUUGUGAAAGAAGCUCUUCGUCUCUACCCUUCAGUUCCCAUGUUUGCCCGUUCCUUGAGAGAGGAUUGCUGCAUUAGGGGAUAUCAGAUACCAAGAGGUGCAAACGUCCUCGUUUUAACUUAUGCCCUGCAUAGAGACCCUGAGGUCUUCCCUGACCCAGAGGAGUUCAGGCCUGAGCGAUUCUUCCCUGAAAAUUCUAAGGGAAGGCACCCAUAUGCUUAUGUCCCCUUCUCAGCUGGUCCCAGGAACUGCAUUGGUCAGCGCUUUGCACAAAUGGAGGAGAAAACUCUUCUAGCCCUCAUCCUGCGGCGCUUUUGGGUGGAAUCGUGUCAAAAACCAGAAGAGCUUGGUUUAUGUGGAGAAUUGAUUCUUCGUCCAAAUAAAGGCAUCUGGAUUAAACUGAAGUCUAGGAGACCAAAUACUGGAUCAGAAUGAAAGGAAUUUCAAGAGUUUACUUCCAAAAGUUUUCAAUCUAUUUAGGCUGAGACAUAUUUUAAAAUCAAAUAUUUUGAUGUCAGUUCAGAAAUUUGUUAAAACUAGUUGCUAUUGUUUUAUUAAAGAAGAUGCAGUAAUAGCCCUAGUUGUUCUACUUUUAUACUGCUUGUGAACUUCAUGUUGAUCUUUGAAAUGCAAGCCUUUAAUCCUUAAAUUUUAGUGCCUUAUGUGCUCAGAUGAAACUAUUCUAUUGCCACAGUGCCAUAAAAACUAAGCUAUGGUAAUAACAGCAGCAAUGCCUGUGAUGAAGUGAUCACCUUACAUGCCAUAGCAUUUUCCAAGUAACUGAAAAGUCUCAAGUGUUUGUAAGGUUUUCAGGUUUCUUUUUUUCUGAAAAAUACAAGUGAUAAUCCUUCUUCUUUGCAUAAUUUUUUUUUUUUUUUGUGAUGAUUGCCUCUGUAAAGACCACAAAAAAAUCUGUGAUCAUUUCACUCCUUCUUGGAAGCAUUUAAAGUAGUUUGUAAGAAGGGAGUGGUCUGAAUUAUUUUUUAGCAAACUGUACCAAAAGCAUUAACCAUAGCAGGAACUAGACCUUAUGCAAAUUACACACAGGAUUUCAUAAUGACAAAAGCAAUUUAUUAUUACAAAUUUUGAGAAUAAACUCCUACCAUGCCUCAAUGUGGACUGAAAUGUUACCUGUUGAUAUUGCAUGCCUCUGUGCAGGUAAAUUGCUGAUGAAUAAUUGUUUCUUAGCAUCAGUUCCUCUAGGGGUGAGAAGCUGGAGGUCAGAGCUGCUAAAACUAAUUUGGACUGGUCCAGAAAUGAUUAAUGUGUUACAAAGUAGGAAAUGAGUAAUCUGUUCUCACUCAUUUUGUUGACAUUUACAUAUUUUUUUCUCUUGUCUGUUUCUGUUUCCUUUCAACAACACUUAGUCACUUAAUACCUAGGAUACUGCUGUACUUUGCAGAAUAUCAUAAUAAUGACAAAAUAAUUGAUAUUUUUUCCAAAUAAAUUAGAGGUUUCCUUGAACCCGCCAAACUCUAUGUAUUCUGGUAAGCCUAGGUUUUACCAUUUUCUGAGGAUUUACCAAAAAGAAAGUGUGUAACAAUUAGUUUAAAAAAUGGAAUCACAGAUUUUGAUGAAUAGUCUACAAUCACUGUAUUUAUUUUACCACUAAGACAAAAGAGCCUUUAACAAUAGUAAUACUUGCGUUCUUCAGUCUUCUUUUUCAAAGAUAGGUUUCAUUGCUGUAUAAUAACAAGAAUUUCAGUUUCCAGGGCUCAAUCUAAACAUUGUCUUCUUUAUAAUGAGAUAACUUUUGAGACCACCUUCAUAUGUUAAUGGAUAUAAUACACAUGACACAAGUUUUCCAAAGAGACUCGAAAUUAAGGAAUUAUUUCCUUGGUUUUACAUACUUGGCAGUGUGAAUUUUCAAGGUAAAUAGGAUUAGUAUCCAGAAUAUGUUUUCUCAGGAAAUUUGGCAUGUAGUUGAAACCUGGAGAGGUACCUCAUGUCUUAAGGUAUGUGCUUAAGUUAAGGACUUUCAAGACAAAUGGAAACUAAUAUUACUUCCUUUCCUUCUGUGGGAUGUUUUUUGUAGAAAAUAUUUGUAAGAUAGACCAAAUUAUAACUUUAUUUUGCCAUAAUUCUUACGAAUUCUAUCUACACUGACCAAUAUUUUUUCUUGCACUGUGCUUUUUUCUUGUACCAUGCUCUGCUCAUAAAAUGUGUGUGUAUCCCCUGUUAUUUCUUUAUACUCUUCAAAAUGGACAAGAAAAUAAUUGAGACAAAAACUGGAUAAAACUAUAAAAAGAAACUCAUUAUGAAAAGUGCAUGGGCUCAAAUGCUGGCACGAGGAUGCCAAUGUGAAAAAUCCCUAUUUAGUGAUGCAAAAAGUGUCUUUGCCAAGAUAAGCAUUGAUGUAAUCCUAUAAUUGUGUUCUGAGCUGCUCUGAAAUGGCAGUGAUCUCUUAUCUUCUGUUGUGAAAAUUGGUUCUGAAGCAAUCUGAUGCUGCUAAGGAAAUAAAUAUUGAAUAAAACAGUACUGAACACAGUACUGAACAUAUUGCCAACUUCGUGCCUGCUGGGUAGAUGUUAAAUACCUUGCAUUAUCUACUGUGUUUUUAUUAGGUUAAAUCAUGUGGUGUGUAGCUGUUGGGAGUGGUCAGCAGCAAUCCUCUGGAUGUGGGGGUUUGUUUGUGAGUUUUGUGUGUUUUUUUUUUGUUUGACUGUUGAUUUGAGGUUUUAUUUGGGGGGGUUGUUCCUGUAGGAUUGUGGCAUGCAGCACGGCAUUGCAGGUUUCCUGAUAAAAUAAUGGGACAAUAAAAUAUUGUGUAAUAAAAACU